UGUUGGCGGAAAAGCUUCAGUGUUGAACUCUGCUUGUUGAAGUUGUUGAAGUGGUUUUACGGAGUCAGAUCCACUUGUCGUGUUGCAGGCUGGAUCAUUAUCUUUGGACCACAUUGCGCUUCUAUAACAUGCUCCUCUGAGAAACUACGAGCAGCUAAAGCGAUGGAGCUGUCUCCUGUGUGCACUGGAGGCAUCAGCACAGACGGAUGUACCAUCAAGUCUGACAGAGCUCAGAGGAAAAGCAAAGUCCCAAGAGAUGUGGAGGUGGACAUUGAGUUCCUCUAUAAAGCCGUUCCUCAGCUGGCCAAGGUUUUCCGUAUUGUAGACAAAAUUGGAGAAGGUACCUUCAGCUCUGUGUACCUGGGUGAGGCUCAGAUGCGUGACGGAAGGAAAGAGAGGUUUGCUCUGAAGCACCUCAUUCCAACCAGCCAUCCUACACGCAUUGCUGCUGAGCUUCAGUGUCUCACGGUUGCUGGAGGCAAAGAUAACGUGAUGGGGGCGUCUUACUGCUUCAGGAAGGAGGACCAUGUAGUGAUUGUCAUGCCGUACAUGGAGCAUCAAGCUAUUGUGGACAUCAUCAGCUCACUGACCUUCGAAGAGGUUCGUCUGUACAUCUAUCACCUGUUGAAAUCCCUGAAACACGUCCACCAGUUUGGAAUCAUUCACCGAGACAUCAAACCAAAUAACUUCCUCUACAACAGGAACAGCAAAAUGUAUGCUCUGGUGGACUUUGGCCUGGCUCAGGGAACAGCGGACACACAGAUUGAGCUGUUGAAGGUGGUGAGGCAGAGGCCAACACAGAAAGGUGGAGGGUCCACGGGGAAACAAGACACCACACAGCGGAGCAAAGCACAACUCAGACUCCAUCCCAAAAGCACAGCAAACACCGCAGCCUCAACCUCACUACCGGUGCCGCAAAGGCAAUCCACGGCCCUGCCACCUUCCUCCUCCUCCUCUUCUUCAACUACCACUGCCACACCUUCUUCAGCCUCUCGGAGAGCACUAGUUAAAAAAGCACGUUCUGUCACCACCACCGUCACCACCUCCACAUCUCGCACAAAGCACACAAAGGAUUUGCCAAGACUGAGCAGAAUGCAACGGCCGGUUUUCGGGGAGAAGAACCUCAACAGCUGCCUUCCAGCCUCCUCCACCACCAAACAGGCUGCCAUUAUGACAGAGCUGGUAAAACCCAUCAAAACAGAGGACCCUGCCAGCAGGAAGUACUCCCCUGCCACCCGUGGGCCCGUGGCGGUCAGGAGCCAGACCCAGAAGCCUCAGAGGACUGUACAGCUGGGCCUCACCUGCAGCUGCUACCUGACCGACCGCGUCUGCAACAUCUGCCUGUCCAGGAAGCAGCAGGUGGCAGCCAGGGCUGGAACUCCAGGCUUCAGGGCACCAGAAGUCCUCACAAAGUGUCCAAACCAAGGGACAGCCAUAGACGUGUGGUCAGCUGGUGUGAUUCUGCUCUCGCUGCUCAGCGGUCGUUACCCGUUCUUCAAAGCCAGCGAUGACCUGAUUGCUCUCACUCAGAUUAUGACCAUCCGAGGCUCCAGGGAGACCAUCCAGGCUGCCAAGUCGUUUGGCAAGGCGGUGGUGUGCAGUAAGGAGCUACCAAGGCAGGAUCUCAGAACCCUGUGUGAGACGCUGAGAGGACGGAGAACAUCACCUGGGGAUGAAGUCACACCCCUCCAAGGAGCAAGCAUGGAGCGCUGUGAGCGAGGCUGGGACAGAGUCCCUGACGAGGCCUACAACCUGCUGGACCGGCUGAUGGAUCUGAACCCCACCACCAGGAUCACAGCUGCACAGGCACUGCAGCACCCGCUGUUCAAAGACUUGAACCUGAAACAGGACUUCAGCAUAUGAGUCAGAUGUAGAAGAGAGUGAAACCAACUGGAAAAAAAGUUAAAAUCCUUGUGUGGAGAUAUUAUCUUAACUAAAUGAGACGUGUUUAAUCUGUUUAUGUCUCCACACAGAUUAAAUAUUAAUGCUGGUUUGACGUCGGGGUUCACAUGCUUUUAUUUAAGAGUUAGCAUGAGUUAUAUUCAUGGCAGCUACUGUGUAGACGAGAGACUUGAGAAGAUUCAGUAUUGACUGGAGGAAAUACACAAGCUGUUGUAUGAAUGGACGAACAAUUUUAAAUUUAGGGAACGGAUAUGUAAUAUUCUUUGUCUCUCGUCUUGUAAAGGGAAUCGUCAGUUUGUUGUUUACUCUUGUUACUGCCUAAGACCACUGUAUAAGCUGAGUGGUCCUUAGGUAUGAAUGGGUCUUAAUUUGAAGGUGUUCAGUGUCCAUCAGAAUUUUAUA